AUGAAGAGCCUGCCUGUGCUAACGAUGAUGGUGGUGGUGAUCGCCGCCGACAGCUUCACCGACCUUAUCGAGGAGGAAUGGAACGCCUUCAAGCGGGAACACAAUAAAUUGUACGAAAACGAGACCGAGGAAAAGUUCCGUAUGAAGAUCUUCGCUGAGAACAAGCUUGUUAUAGCGGAACACAACCAGCGCUUCGAGCGCGGCCAGGUGACGUACCGCCUUGGCACCAACAAGUACGCCGAUAUGCUACACCACGAGUUCGUGGAUAUGAACGGAUUCAACCACACCGCCAAACUCAACGAGGAACAAGUUCCGCGUGGCGCCACGUUCCUGUCACCCGCCUACUUGGCGGCACCGAAGAUGAUGGACUGGCGUACAAGGGACGCCGUCACCGAAGUCAAGGACCAAGGAAAGUGUGGCUCCAGCUGGGCAUUCAGCGCCACGGGCUCGCUGGAGGCGAGGCACUUCCUCAAAACCGGCUUCCUGGUGUCGCUGUCGGAGCAGAAUCUGAUUGACUGCUCGACUGAGUACGGAAACAAAGGCUGCAAAGGUGGCUUCGUUGCCAACUCCUUUACGUACAUCCGUGACAACGGAGGCAUCGAUACGGAGGAGAGCUACCCUUACAAGGCCGUUAGCAAAAUGUGCAGGUACGAUUCCGACUACGUGGGCGCGAAAGUCGUUGGCUUCGUGGACUUGCCGAAGGGCGACGAGAACAAGCUGAAGCAAGCCGUGGCCAGUGAGGGGCCUGUCUCCGUCACCAUCGAUGCCAGCGCGAGGUCCUUCCAGUUGUACACCACCGGAAUCUACUACGAUAAGAAAUGCUCUUCGAAACACGUCAAUCAUGCGAUGCUGGUGGUGGGCUACGGUACGGACAAAGAGGACGGCGACUACUGGCUUCUGAAGAACUCGUGGGGACGCUCGUGGGGAAGGCUCGGCUACAUGAAGUUGGCGCGCAACCAAAACAACCACUGCGGCAUAGCUACGUCCGCCUCCUAUCCUCUGAGCUGA